AACAAAAAAAUUUUAAAAAAUGUUCAGAAGUGAAUCAGUCGGAUAUUAUAAUUUAUUUAUUCCAUCCGAAUAGACAUGGAAUAUUAUGAAUGAAUUAGGAAAUUAAUCAUCAAUUCAUUUUGUAGAUUUAAAUAGUGAAAUAGCAUUAACAUAAAGGAAGUUUACUAAAUAUCUUAAAAGAUGUGAAUAAAUAUAGUACAAAAUAAUUAAAAUAAAAAAUGAAAUGGAAAAAUUUAAUAUAAAAAUAGUAAAAAGUUAAAAUUUCGAAUAAUUAUAAUAAUGCUUUAAUACAAUGAUUAAAUAAUCAAAUUAAGAUGGAAAAACAUAUAUUGAAAAAAUAGAUUUGUAAGAGCAUUAAUAAGUAUUAGAAAAAGGGAAAUAAAUUUUAGGAGAAAGAUUUUUUUAAAUUAAUUCUAAAUAAGGAAAAUAUGUUUCAUUUAUAAUGGGUGCCAUUUUUAAAGAAGAAUUAUUAAGAUUUAAAAAAUUAAUUUUUAGAGUUUCGAAAGGUAACCUUUGGAACGAUUUUCGUGAUUUUGAUGAUGAUGUAGUAUUUCAUAAUUAAAAAAAAGGGAAAAAAUGUGUUUUUGCUUUAAUUGUACCAGGAUUAUAAUAAGAUAUUGUAUUUUAAAAAAUUAAAAAGAUUUGCGAUAUGUAUGGUAUAUUUUAGCAUAAUUUUCCUGAUGAUAAUUAUGAAUAUCAGAAUUUACUUAAAAAUAAUCAAUUUCAAAUAAUAGAACAAAGAAAAAUUAUAGCACUUACAAUAAAUUAAAUAAAAAAAUUUUUAGAAUAACUUUCUGAUUUUAAACUUAAUAAUUUAAAAAUAUCUUAUAUAGAAAUAUUACAUUAAUAUAUUAUUAAAGAAAAGUAUUUAUAUGAGAAUAUGAAUAUGUUAUAGGUUUUAGAAACAUAUUAUUUAGCUAAAUGUUGGAUUUCUUUCAAAGAUGAAGAUUAAAUAAUAGAAUGUUUAAAAUAACUACAAAGAGAAAAUCCAAAUAUUCCUAUAGCAACUUUAGAAUAAAUAUAAAAUGAAAAAAGAACACAUCCAACUAAAAUUCGAUAAUUCGAAUUUAUGAAACCCUUUUAAUUAAUAGUUAAUACAUAUGGAAUACCACGUUAUAAAGAAAUUAAUCCUGCUUUAUUUGCUUUUAUUACAUUCCCUUUUUUAUUUGGAGUAAUGUUUGGAGAUAUAGGUCAUGGUUUAUUAUUAUUUUUAUUUGGAAUAUAUAAUGUACAUAUAAAUUUGGAAUAGAUCCAAUAUGGUAAAUGA